UCUGGUGCUGGCUCUACUGGAUUAUCGUUCCCUGCAGGAUUUACUAGGUGUGGGCUGAGCAUUACAGGUGGAUCAAGAAAGCGCCGACUCGGAAUCUGAAACAAUUUGAACUGAGUCAGUCUGUGAGGAGUUUCCAUGUAGAUCCCGGCAGCUGGUGUACUGAACCCUGAGAAUGAAGUCCUCCAGCAUCCCCCAGCACUAGCCGGCCAGCAUGGCUCCUGCUCCUCCUUCCAGAGAGGACACCAGCAGCUCGUUAGCUCUGCGCUGGAGGCUAACGCCGACAUAGAUACCCAUCAACUUCAAGCUGAACCAAUUCAGGCUCGAGUCCUGGUUAAGCAUCUAAAUAAGCUGCUGACAAGAUCCAUCCAGACUCGGGUGGGUUUUUCAACCAUGCGCUACCUGUGAUUUUUGGGCGUCAGAGCUGGACGGUGCGGCUCCUCUGCGCGUCGACUGACCCCGGACCCUGAGCCAUGUCUCUUCUCUUAACUCUAAGCAUCGUCUGUGGAUUGAUGCUCCAGCAUUAUUUCGGUCUGCUCAGCGCUCAGUACUGCGUCCCACGGAAGACCGUCAACUACCAGAGUCACCUGAAUUUGUUCAAAGAAGACGGGAUCUUCAAUUACUCAGCUAUGCUGAUCAGAGACGACCUGGGCGUGGUGCUGCUGGGGGCCAGAGAGGCCAUCUACGCUCUGGAUAUCAACAACAUCUCAGACCAAAAGGCCGCGGUGUAUUGGCGGGUCACCGCGGAGAAGCAGAGGGAGUGCACGUACAAGGGAAAACACGCAGAGGUGGAAUGCCGCAACUACAUACGAACGCUGCACAGAGUGAACGACACUACACUCUACGUUUGUGGCACAAACGCCUUUUCUCCAGUGUGCGAUUACAUGACGUUUGCAAAUGGCCAGCUGACCCUGAGUGGAAAGCAGGAGGAGGGAAAAGGGAAGUGUCCUUUUGAUCCCUUUCAGAGAUACUCCUCCCUCAUGGUCGGAACUGAGCUGUACUCUGCUACAUCUAUCAACUUUCUGGGCUCUGAGCCUGUGAUUCUGCGCAGCUCAAAUUCGGCUCUUCGCACCGAGUUUAAGAGCUCCUGGCUCAGUGAGCCGAACUUUGUCUACAUGGACUUCUUGGAGGAGAGCCUCGACAGUCCCGAUGGGGACGACGACAAGGUGUACCUGUUCUUCAGCGAGAACGCCAUGGAGUACGACUUCUACAGAAAAGUCACGGUGUCCAGAGUGGCCCGCGUCUGCAAGGGAGAUAUGGGCGGUCAGCGGACGCUGCAGAAGAGAUGGACCUCGUUUUUGAAAGCCCGUCUGGAUUGUUCCUUCCCUGGACCCAGCUUGCCCCCCAUUGUCCAGGACGUCUUCCUGCUAAGGCAGAAGGACUGGAGGAAGAGCGUCUUCUACGCCGUCUUCACACCUCAGUCGAGCUUGUCUCAGAUCUCUGCGGUGUGUGCCUUCACCGUUGCUUCGAUUCGAGAAAUUUUUAAUGAGGGAAAGUUUAAGACAUCUGUUGCCGUGGAGACGUCCCAUGUGAAAUGGGUGAUGUACACGGGGGAGGUGCCGGAGCCCAGACCGGGAGCGUGCAUCAACAAUAUGGAUCGUAAAAAGGGGAUGAAUCGCUCCCUGGAUUUACCGGAUAAAACCCUCCAGUUCAUCAGAGACCGGCCCCUGAUGGACGAGGCUGUCCGUCCGCUGACUGGGGGGCCGCUGCUGCUCAAGAGGGGACCCUUACUGACCCGAAUCGUGGUGGACAGCGUGCUGGCUCUGGACGGGGACACUUACAACGUCAUGUUUAUCGGAACUGAAAACGGCUACAUUCAGAAGGCCGUCAACUUUGACGGAGAGAUGUUCAUCAUCGAGCAGAUUCAGGUGUACGAAAACCCCGAGGCCGUCAAGGUCUUACGCCUCUCAUCAAGCAAGGGUCAGCUCUAUGCUGGUUCUGAAUCUGGUGUCGUCCAGAUGCCGGUCAGUAACUGCAGCCGGUACCAGUCUUGCGAGGACUGCAUCCUGUCCAGGGAUCCUUACUGUGCCUGGGACUCGUCCGCUGAGCGGUGCUCCUCCGUCUCCAGUCUGUCUGCGUCCCCCGAAGCCGCAGUCCAGAGUCUGAAGGAGGGGAACGUGUCACAGUGUCCUCCACCAGAUCCAGUGCCAGCUGUGGACGUUGCUCUAAUCCCAGGGAACAACAUCCAGCUGCCUUGCCAGCGUCACUCCGACCUGGCGGAGGUCCACUGGAGGUUCUCUGACCUCCAGGUUUUAUCUACACACAAAUACUACAUCUACAGCGACGGCCUCCUCAUCCUGAACACGACCGCAUCGGACGCAGGCUCGUAUUUCUGUGACUCGGUAGAGCAGAUCAACAGCAGGAUGUACAACAGGACUGUGGCCGUUUAUCAUUUACAAAUCUCCUCUGAGCCAGUCAGCCCCACUCCCGGCAUAGCAGCCACAAAAUACUUCAUUCAAACUCUGAAAACGGCUGCAACUGGGUCACAGCCGGACCUGGAGAGCGAGGACCCGCCGACGCCUGAGAAUCAAAGCGACUCUGGGAGAAUGAGUCGCCUGGAGGUGGCCGUGGCUCUGCUGUCGCUGCUCUGCCUCUCUCUCGUCGCCGUCAUAUUGUGGUUCUGGAAGCGAGGGCACUGGAAGUGCUUCGGGUUGGCGCAGAGCUCCAAGGGCGGCGAGGGGAAGCGGCCGCCGUCAGACUACACGCACAACCAGAACAGAAACUCUGAGAUUAAGCUCCUGGGGGCGGAGGUCAAACCGUGCACCGCCAACAAUAAUCACACCACUGUGGACUUCAAAAAGAACGGGGAGUACCACUUCCCACCUCUGGCCAACAUUUCCAAUCUGAACGGUCUGGGAUACAUCCAUGACGAGUCGGAGAUUUGACUCUGCUGAGGCUCAGUACUAGGUCUGCAUCGGUGCAAUAAUAAUGUACUUGCAAUAUGUUGUUCAGGUACGUCUCAAUAAAUUGCAAUUCAAACAAGAAGCUAAUUUAUUUCAGUAAUUCAGUUCAACGUCAUGCCACUGUGUAGAUUCAUACUACACAGAGUAGUGUUUGUUUUAGUCAGUUUUGAUAAUAUAAUAAAAAUAAAGUUUUUAUUAUUUAUUAUCCAUCAAUUGUCCCCAGGCUGACGAUCCCUGUUGCUUUUCCUACCACACUUUUUCCUUCUACUCAAUUUUCCAUCAAUAUGCUUGAAAACAGUCCUCUGAACAACUUCCUUUAGUGAAUUACCUUCGAUCAAUGACUGAGUCCUGAACAAAUGUCAAAUCAGCAGCAUUUCCCAUGAAUGUAGAGGCCAUAGCAUGAUCUUAAAAUAUUUCUUUCAUUGGUUUUACUUUUAUAAAUGUUUUAUUAUCCCUAAAUUACAAGGUUAGAUCAAUAUUUAUGCAUAGUUUCCCAUUCUGAACCGAACUACUGAAAUAGAUCAACUUUAAAAAGAUCUUCCAGUUUAUUGAGAUGCGCCUUUAGAUGGUAAAUGGGCUCCUGUUUCUUUCCUGGGUGAUUUCUAAUGUUUUUUUUCAGGCAGCUGAUAUUCUCUAAAAAGACAUUUAACUUGAUAAAUACCCACUCCAGAAAUGUUUUUUUUACACUCAUAUUUUUGUAUAAUCCCAAUCUGUGAAUACGAUCUGUGUAAUAUUUCUGUACAGUCAAGCUAUUUUUCUUUUGUUUUGACUAUUUAUUGGAGGAAAUCCCCAUUUUCUGUUUUUAUCCUCUCUGAUCUUUGAAAUGAACAUGUAGCAUCUUGGUGACUGAUCUCCAAGCCCAAUUCAUUUCAUGGAUCCUGCCGUAUGAAAUCAACAGGGGUCAUUUUUUCAUUGCUCUUUGGUUGAGUUAAUCUUCCUGCCUCUACUUUUUCACCACUCAUUCAGUAAAAAAAGAAGCCAUAUGUACUUCUUAACGUAAAUCACCAUUUUGUUUUGAUAAUUACAUCCUCCUCCAGUCGGGAGGCAGUUCUUUAUUCCUUUCGGUGGGGUUCACACAGCUUUACUUCAAAUUGUACAUUUGUGUUACUCUGAAAAAGUCAAAAGCUGUUGCAGGGAUGUAGAGGUGUGGGUGUGAAUUUCUGGUGGGAUAUCAAUUGUGCGGUUCAGCAUAUGUAUAAAAAUAGGGGUAGUGAGGGGUUUAACUUGGAAACACUGCCUUGUAAAAAUGAAUACGGUAAUAAAAAAAAAUAUUUGUGA